UCAGUCUGAAAAUAAUAUUAGCAAACGAACACUGGCUGCUUUUUCCAGUCUGUAAACAAAUAACUUAAUAUGAACUUCAGGCACAUCUUCUUUUUCGUGUUCAUCAUCCUGGCUGUCAACUUGCAACAGUCGCAAGCCAGUUGGCUGACGGAUUUGAAGGAAAAAUCUGAGCAGACGUUUCAGUACGUCAAAAACGCGGCACUAGAGGUCAUUGAAGUUGGCCAAAAAGCCGCGGAUGUUGCUGCCACUGCCAGGGGAGACAAACAUUAGCAUUCUACCAGAUUUUAGUGGACUUGUCUGGCCAUUCAAUUUACAUGGUAAUGAAGUAAUGCUUCGAAUAUUUAAUAAAAUCAAAAAUUAUUAAGUGAUAAGAACUUUCAA